GCCAUGUGCGUCUAUCGUGUACGUAUGACACAAACUCUUAACAUUGAAUCUCAAAAUCAUGAUGAUAUUAUUUACAACUUCCUAAUUGGUGGCGAUGGCAAUGUGUAUGAAGGACGUGGUUGGGAUGUAGUCGGUGCACAUUUGCGUGGCUUCAAUUCGGACAGUAUUAGUUUCGCCUAUAUUGGUACAUUCAAAAAACAAAAGCCAUCAGAAAAACAGAUGGAUGUCACAAAAUUAUUAUUAGAGGAGGGUGUACAAUUAGGUAAACUCUCGCCAGAUUAUAAAAUAUAUGGAGCAUAUAUGUUGGAUCCUACAUCGACAGAUGCCAGAGCAGAUGAAUUGUACAACAGCUUCAAAGGUUGGCCACAUUGGUCUGAGUAUCUAUUUUCUGCAAACGCAAAAUGAAAUGUGUCAUUUAUUUUAAAAGUAUAAAAGAAAUAUAUUUACUUACCGAUUAUGCAGAGUGAAAAGUUGCUAAGUCCAU